AUCUAAUACAUCAACAUAAAAUGACGAUAAUGGAGCGUUUUCGACAGUCGUACUGGUUCGCGACACUUCCCCGGAGAACGAUUCUUGCGACGGUGGUAGCAUCGGUACUGUUCUUCUCCGGAUGGUGGAUCAUCAUCGAUACAGCAUCUGUUUAUCCAAAAUCGUUCAACUUUUCGUACUACAUCUGCGGCAUCCUGGCGACGAUUAGCUUCAUAAUUGUGAAUUCUAUUUCAAACGAUUUGCUACACAGUUCGGGUGUUUAUAUCGGUGGCGUACUGAACGCCAGCACCGCAAAGGUGUUCCUGUUUGCUGGCUUUGUGCUUGGCUUUACCUCGAUCAUUGCCGCCAUCUGGAUUAUGAUUGCGGAGUUUGCAGUGAACGAAUCGCGAACUGACAAGUACCCCGGAUACGCACUCCUCAUGCACAAUAUUUUCAUCUUCUUAUCCACGCUCAUCUACAAGUUUGGUCCACCAACGGAGAAUGAAUAUUUUAACGAAUACUAG